AUGGGUUUCCUUCGAAGGAGCAAGAAGAAUGAAUGUCAACAACAUGGGAGUGUGGUGGAAGCGGUAGUACGUAAAAAGUCAGAGAAAGUGAAAUAUGGAAUCGUCUUCCAUCGCAGCAAGCCAAAUAUCCCAACAACGAUAGAAUCCAUUCGAUCAAAAUGCUUGUUUACUCGUAAGGGCCUUUUACCAGGAAUGUAUGUUCUCGAAGUGAAUGGGCAAGACGCGACCUGGAAGACUCCAAAAGAUUGCGCUCGUCUUCUUAAGAGUGCACCUGUCGGAUCAAAUGUAUCGAUCAAAGCUGCCAUUCCAAAGACCAUCAGAGUGAAGAGAGACUCAGAAGAGAACAGUUGGGGAUUUUCCAUCAAGAACUCUACAAAACGAGAGGGGAUUUUCAUUGACAAUGUCGCACCAAAGAGUAUUAUGGCUUCUUCAGGCUUGGAGCACGGAAUGCUGAUUAUUAAGAUCAAUGGCAAGACAUUUCCGAAUGAAAUCAAGGAUGCGGCAUUGGCAUUGAGAGCGAGCGGGAAUUCCAUUGAGAUUACUUUGGUGCAGCUAGAGGCUCAAUUGGAUUUUGAUCUUGAUGAUAUCAGUACUGCUACUGAUAUCCAGCAGGAGGCAGGUGACGAAAUGGAACCAGGUAAACAAGAAGAAGAAAAGGCGACUGGAGGUGAUAUUAUUGAAGGAUCAGGAGAAAAAAAUGAAUCAAGUAGCCACCCUCGAAUAUCUACUGCAGAAGCUCUUGAGUAUUCUGGAGACAAAGUCAAAGAAACAAGUAAACAGAAACAGACGACUGCUGUUUUGCAAACAGUGACUGAGAACCGCGACGACGUGACGAACGCCCCCACGAGCAAAGUUGAGCCCUCUACAGCCCGUGAACCACCAAUGGUGCAAGAAUUUGAUAUUGACAUGGACGACUUUUCAUUUGCCGAGAGCGAAAGCAAAAUCCCUAUCCAAAAGGACGAGAACAGUCCUUCCGGGUGGUUUUUCAGGAACUCGAAGAAGGAGGAGGAAUGCUUCGACCUUGAUGAUCAGUUUCCCGAGCGCUAUACAAAGAAUAACAACCCACUGUUCCAAAGUGUUCUCCCUCCAUCAAGGAAACAAUCUAGAACCAGCGAAGUCGUGUCACAAGUAAUGCAGCUUCGAAAGCUCCGCAAACCUAUUCCCAAAAGUUCCAUCGCGACCGUACAAUCUCCCGUCGAUGAUGAGAAAUUGAACCGACGAGCAAUCAUAUUCGGACUGAAGAAAGAAGCUGCAGUACCGACGGUACAACGGUUUGAUCCAAAGACACGCCGACCUAGAUUCUUCAGGGGGGCGUCCAUAUUGUCGCUCAAAUCUCGAUCAAGCAAGGUCACAAAAGAGGAGAGACUUGGAGAACAAAAUGGCCACAAUUCUUCCACCUCAGUCCAGAGUCUAUUCGACAUAUUAUUGAGUUUUCAGGACACACUAUGUGCAACACUGGUAUCUGGUCCGACUCAAGACUCCACGGCGGUAGCAAAUGACACAAAGUCUCGUAAACGAACAGUGAUACCGGUACGAAAAGCCAAAGCCGAAAAUCCACGCGAAAUAGAGGAGCAAGUGUUGGAGUUGUAA